GUUGUCUGCUACGCUGCGAGAUAUCAACACAUGUUUAACGAAUAACAACUUAUAUUCCUGAUGCUUUGCUUCAAUUAGAAAAAUGGACAAAUCAACUAAAGAAGAAGAUUUGUUAGUUGUGCCUGAUGGAUGGAAGGAUCCUGGUAUUUCAAAGGAGGAUAAUCCACAUGGCGUGUUGGCAGAAAGUUCCUUUGCUACACUAUUUCCAAAAUACAGAGAAAAAUACUUGAAGGAAUGUUGGCCACUUGUUAAGAAGACUCUUUCAGAUCAUAAUUUAAAGGCUGAGCUGGACCUGGUAGAGGGAUCUAUGACAGUGGGCACAACUCGGAAGACAUGGGAUCCAUAUGUGAUUAUCAAGGCUCGAGAUCUCAUUAAACUAUUGGCAAGAAGUGUCCCUUACGAGCAGGCCGUGAGGGUGCUGGAGGAUGAUGUUUUCUGUGAUAUAAUUAAGAUUGGCAGCCUUGUACGGAACGGAGACAGAUUUGUCAAGCGCAGGCAGAGACUUAUUGGACCAAAUGGAUCAACAUUAAAAGCAAUAGAGUUGUUGACAAACUGCUACGUGUUGGUGCAGGGUAACACUGUAUCAACUCUUGGAUCCUACAGGGGAAUUAAAGAGGUUCGUAAUAUUGUGAUCGAUACGAUGAAGAAUGUCCACCCUAUAUAUAACAUAAAGACGUUGAUGAUAAAGCGGGAGCUUGCCAAAGAUCCACAGCUGAAAGACGAGAGCUGGGAGAGAUUUCUGCCCAAGUUCAAAUCCAAGAAUAUCAGUAGACGUAAACAGCCAACAAAGAAACGGACAAAGAAGACAUACACACCCUUCCCACCUCCUCAGCCAGAGAGCAAGGUUGACAAAGAGCUGGAGACAGGCGAGUAUUUCCUGAAGGACGAUGAGAAGAAGGCUAGGAAAAGAGCACAAAAACGGGCGAAGGAACAUGAGAGCUGUGAGAAGAAACAGAAGGAGCGGGCUAAGGCUUUCAUUCCGCCAGAAGAAAAACCAACAGAGCCAAAGCAGGCAAAAUCCAGCACCAGUGAAGUUGAUGUUGAUAAACUGAAGAAAAAGAUAAAACAGGCCCAGAAAGGAAAGAAAAGGGCCAAUGUAAAGUCUUGAAAAUAACUUUUGCUGAAUAUGAUGAGACAAUUCAAAAUGCCCCUGGGGUCCCAUGCCAGAAACAGUGUACAAGGAGACAAUUUGCAUUUACGACUGUGGUUUGACAGUGAUAAAAAAUUAACUUCAAAAUUAUUUAAAUGAAAGUUUGGUGCGAUUAAAUAUGCAAUUGUGUAAAUAGUCUAAACUUUGUGUGAUAUGGGUUGAUAUGAAAAUGAUGAUGCAUCAAACCACUUUAAUAUUUUUUUAGCUCACCAUUCUUUCAACAUUCUUAUCACCUUGGGGACGUUGUUGGCAGACGCGUUCAAAAACUAUUAACUUAAGUUGAAACUUGGAACACCUGUUGCUAGAGGCAAUACACACAUGUAUAGCAAGGUCAAUAACUCUUGCUUAAAUAAUUAAAUUAUGCUUCUUGAUUGACAGUCAAAAACCCAGAAACAAUUGGCGUUCGCUUCCUGGCUCUGUUGUUUUCACAGUUUUGUGUUAAUGAAUGUACGAAUGUUUUUCUGUAUUUAACUUGAGAUAUUUAAGACAAGAAUUACAAUCACACAUCGAGAGCUUAUGUAAUUUGUUGAGUUGACAUACAAGUGUAAAUAAAUUUUAGUCACAAAA